GGGAAACGCUGGAAUGAGAUCGAGUCAAUAUGAUCACAGAGAGAAAAAACAAUUAACUUUAAAAUAAAUGCCAGCGUACAAAACUUAGUGAAACGGUAAAUUAACAGGGAUAGUAGUUAGCUUCGUUGGAAAGGUACGGAUUUUAGCAGGAUUCAUCACCUUUGAACGAUUGUGUAACAGGGAGAUACCCAGCAGGUUAAGAGAAACUCGCAAAAUGAAAUAGAGAUCAUUUCACUGGAUAAUUCGGGCAAACAAGAAACUAUCGGUGCUUUUAUGUGUGAUGGAAGUUUUCAAGACGGCCUAAAUAAUAUAAAUAACGUCGGCUGGAUCAUGACAUAUAAUUUAUAAUCUUCACAUAACAUUUCACAAAUUAUCGUGACCUUCUUUUUGAAGAGCUCGAUCAUGGGUGAUAGCCCUAUGUCAACAUCCGCUUCGCCACAACGCAAGCUUCCGAUACCUGCAAGCGGUGCCAAUACAAACUCCACAUUGAAAGGAAUACUGAUAAAGCCAAAAAGAAUACUCCCGGCUCAACCCGAUAACCAAAAAUUGAAAAGAAACGUUCAGCAGACGACAAGUUGUGAAUAUAAAGCAGACGACACUACCAAUGAAACCUCACGGGCGGAUUUUAAUCCAUCUUGUAAAAGUGAAAAUGCAAAUAAGAAUUCUUUAAACAAAGUUACAAUACCAAAACUUCUAAUCGACGUAGAUAAGUUAAAGACGCACUUUCAGUUACAGGGUAAAGCGACAGGACGAGCGGAAAGCCGUAAAAAGGAUUUAAACGAAAACGAAAUAGAGAAAAAUCUUGAAAACGACAUAUGUACUCCGGUACGAUCACAAAGUGAGUGUGGCAAUGUGACGCGUGAAUUUAUUUCAAAAGAAAAUAAAUUUUAUGAUUCUGAUGGAUUAACCAAAGUUAAGGAAUGGUGCUCAGUUAGUGAAAUUGGUAAUAUGACAACAAAAAUGUCAACAGAUUCGCCAGCUACCAAGUCAAUAGAAAGAAGCAUUCGUUCUCCAUCCCCAAAAAGCAACACGACUUGGGAUCGGUCUAGCUCCGGAUACAGCAGUGACGAACGAGCCGAUCCUAGGUCUCCCCCGCCAAGUCUUAGUGCUAGUGUAAGUGUCAGUUCUAAAACAGAAACUGAAAUUACAAAUGACGAUGACGCGUUAGCAUCUAAUACAGAAGAAGCCAGUGAAAAUCAGACAGAUAUUGAAAAUGAAAAUGAAACUGACGAGUUGCCAUCACACGACAAAGACAACAGUGACGACCAAACUAUAAAAGCAGAAAACAGCGCAAGUUCAGAUUCUUUAGGUACCACUCAAUCAAGUGACAACGAAAUACCAGUAACUGAAAAUGAUAACACAGUUGCACAAUGUAAUUCUUGUGAAGCAAACAACAAUGGUGCCGAUAAAAAUGAUACAACGAACUCUUGUCUUAGUUUACCGUUUGAUAAUUCAGUCGGUUCUAAACAAACUUCUAAACGAUCGGCUUGGACUGCACAUUCACCUUUACCAGGAAAUGGCAGAAUUCAGUACCGGAAGUCCGGAAGUGAAUCUGUGAUAAGUUUACGACACACAAGUCGGCAGGGUAUUGUUGAAAAUCACUUUGAUGGACUAGAAGUAUGUGGUAAAUCUUUCCCGCAAUCAGCAAGUAAUAGUUCCGCCAAAAAUGACUCUCUGCCAUCUGAUGGCGCUACCUAUGACGCCAGUGGUCGGCAAGACAUUCUAAGUCCGACGUCAGCGUUUGUUCAAAUUCCAAAACUAGCUACUUCAAUUGCAAACGAAUCACAACAAAAUGACAGCAGUGGUCAGGAGAUGACACCUAGGUCGAGGUUUUUACGACAGUCUCUACCACAAUUUCGGACUCCAAAGGAUAUAAAAAGUCUUGGAUUUGGAUCAAAUGUAAAACUCACGCCUCCAAAGGAUGACAAAGAUAUCAGGAAAACACUCCAGGACCUAAAUUCACCAAGGAAACAACCUUUUGGCGGGAAGUCGCUACCAAUUAGGGCGCGGCAUCCGAUUCAACCAAUCCAUAAUUUUGACACUAAAACAAACCAACCAAAUGACCAGCGCGGUGCGGUUUCGGAUUCAGGAAAGUUUGGAAUACAUUUCAGUAAGAAAAUGUGGCGAGCCCCGUCUGGCCAACCUGAAAAUGCACAAACAAGACCCUUUUCGCCGUUUGGGGGAACUUUACCUCCAGCUAAAAUAAAAGAGCAUGAGAAAAAGAGACAUGAUGUUGAGGGUGAUUAGAUUAGUGGAUUGAGCGGUCAGAAUAAGUGCUAAAAUGUUAUCUACAUGGUGUCCAAACAGGAAGUGAUGUCAGAUAGCAACUGACUGACCAUGUAUGUACUUCCGGGUCAGUAUUUUCAAGUAAAGAAAGACCAUAGCAAAUCGUUUGUUGAUGAGGGGUGUUUAUGUUUCAAUGUUUGGAGCUAAAAGCCACCAGUU